UAAACACAUCCAUGGAAGUUCCCUGCAAUUUUGCCUUGGAGACAUAUGCAUGUGCACAGCUGGCGAACUUCACAGCCAAUCAGCUGGUGUCUCUUAUAGAGUGUAACCUGCCUGGAAACAGCAAGUACUCCAAAGUGCUGUGGAAGAUGCUGCUGACGAAGCUAUCAUUUGUCUUGGAUCCAGCUCUGGACGUGCUGGCUAACAUGCCCAUGGCCACGGUUGGUCCAUCGGCGUCUCAGAUUUUGGAUGUGAUUUGGGAGAUGAGAGUGUCACUGCUGACUGAUGAGCAGCUGAUGAACAGCAGUGUCAUCGCGAAGUGGUUCUCCGGCCGUCUGAGCAAGUUCCUGCCACCUGAAUCAGGAAGCUUCCUGCGCUGUCUGAGCAGCAGAAACCUCAGCUGUGCUUCAUACCAGCAAAUACUGCAGGAACUGAUCCGCAAUUUUAAUACCCUCACUGGAAAUCAACGGCUUGGGAUCUUCAAUGAUUUCGUCCUCCGUUUCCUGUCACAGCCAAACUCAGGUUCAGGCUGUGGGUCUGUUUCCAACGGCAGUGCAGAGUGGCUAAUGCAGAAUCUGGGUCCAUUUUCUGAGUUUUUGUCCCUUCAACAGCUGCUUGCUCUCAACCCAUACUUCAACCCUCUAGAGGCCCUACAACUCCUUACUCCGGUACAGGAUGCAGAGCUGGUGUUGACUUUUCCUACUUCUGUAGAGAAAUCCGUCGUCAUAAAUAUGGUUUUUGAUUACCUGACUAAGUCUCCUGAUGAGACGGACUUUCGCUCGUUCCUUCGCUACCUUGUCUAUUACCAUUUCCAGGUUUGCCAGAAUGGACUUGGCCAUUCCUACAGUUUCUCUUGCUGCAGCUUCAGACAUCGCGAUCACCAAGAUGCAGUUAUCCUUGUACACACCACCAACACAGUGCUGCAGCUCGACCUCAGCGGAGGGAUGACCAAACGUGUCUGUGACUUUGCUGUUGAGGAAUUUGCCUGUACCUCACUGUCAACGCUGCAAGCAGCAGAUCUGGCAGCGGUGUUGGCAUGUAAUCGCUCCUCCAACUCCAGCGGCUCGAGACCAGCCUGGAAGCUUCUCCUCUCCAAAGCCUCAAAUGUGCUGGAUGCAGCUCUGGAUCUUCUAACCAACACGACUCUGGACCCCAGUAAUCCUGCAGUUUCAGUGAUUUUAGACUCUAUACUUGAAAUCCGAUUGGACACAUUCAGCACGGCCAGCCUCAACGAUCCCGCCUUCAGUCAGCGGCUUCGCCCAUUCCUGCCCGCUGUUUCCCCCGAUUUCCUCUCAUGUCUCAGCAGGAAGGGGUUGGACUGCAGCACCUAUCAGCACAUCGUGCAGAUUUUGAGCAGCGUCCAGCCGCGCAUGACACUCACCAGGCAGAUUUCUGUCUACACACACUUCAUCAAGGCUUACCUGACCUCGAAUAACACAAAAUCCAGCUGCAGCUCAAACACCAGCAACAGUGGAGAAUGGCUGCAGAAGAACUUCGGAGGAUUUUCUGUCUUCGCGUCCUUCCAGGACCUGCAGAUGAUUUAUCCCAACUUCAUAGCGAUGGAAGCCUUACCGCAGCUGACCAUCAGACAGCUGGCUGACGUGUCGGCCACACCCAACCAGCUCACCUCUCCUGACCAGGUUGCCAUGGUGAUGCAGUAUAUUCCCAGCCAAUUCUUCGCUGACUUCUUUGAUGACUUCUCACCUGCUAUCCUGGGUCACGAAGACAUGUUGCCCAUUGUGGUGAGGUCAGCCAUGUUGCAAGUUGUGUUUGAUCGGGCAAACCUCUCAGAUCCCGCGGUGAGUGAUUCAGUUGUAUCGCUGUGGCUCCAAAAACGACUGCCCCCCCUGCUGGUUGACCUGUCACCGGAGCAUGUCGCACCGUUCUUCAGAAUACUGGCGGGAAGAAACUGCAGUAUCGAGCAGCAGGGUGUUGAAGACCUGAAUUCAACAAUCUCCUCUCUCAGUGAUGUUACACAGAAAGAAAUCUACAACAACAUCGUUCAGAUUCUCACAGAACCGAUACCUCUGCAGUGCUACGGUGACAACUACAACCGCAGUUUCUACAGUUUCCUGGAGAGCUCAUUCAUGGGAUUCCAGUUUCCCAACGUCACCACCUUCCUGUCCCUCAUGCCUCUCGACAGGGUGCAUCAGCUGGUGAACUCCAUACCUCCAUCAGAUCUUGCAGAUUUUCUCCGUCGCCCUGACGUAGUCGACAACGAUGCAGAGCUCUGUGUGAUCUACAGCAACUACGUCCAGACAUCGAUGUUCCUAGAGACCGAGUCUCUCCCGGAGGUGGUGCGGCGGCCCACCCUGCCUUGCGUCUGGCCCAUGGCGCUCAGCAGCUCCGAGUGGUCAGAGGUCAACGCCUGGUUUGACCAACGCCUCCCCAGCUAUUUGGGCUUCCUCACAAAGAGUCUAAUCAGCCCCAAUAUCACACACAACUCUUCCUGCCUGGCCUUCCAAAAGCUUGUUUCUGUCCUUGGGAAAUACUACUACACUGGUGCAGACUUUACGAGACCAGAUGUGUUCAACACCAUCAGAGCAUAUCUUACCUCAGCGACGGUGCCAAGGUGUUACAACCCCAGCGAUCCCAAACUAAACUCCACAGCCUGGUUUGUUGAGUACAUCGGCCUUUUCAUGCCUUUCCUCACUCUGGAGGAUCUUCAGAUGUUUGGAUCUGCACAGGUUAUCCAGGUGUUCACGGUGAACCCUCUGAACAUCGCUCUCGUCAACAACUCCGGUUUACCUCUCAACCUCACCAACUACUACACCCAGCUCAUUUAUCAACAGGACAGCAACUUCAACCCCUUACUACUUCCUCUGUUGUGGCGGUGUGUCGCUCCUGGUCCAGCAUUCAGCCAGCUAACAUCAGAAGAAAGUAAUAUAGUUCUACAGUACCUGACCACUCUCUGUACAGCCCUGAACCCACAGGUUGCUGCAGCUUUGGCAGGUAACUUUGGUGACAACAUCAAUGCUGCGGCCAUUACUGCCCUCGGUAGCCAAAGCAGCGGCCUGUCCACCGGUCAGAUCAAGAUGAUAAAGCCUGAGGAUCUAUAUGCUGCCCUCUCCAUUCUCAGCAGUGUUACAGACUGGAAUGAAGGCCAGGCCAGGGCCAUCAUCCUGUCUCUGAUGUCUUCAGGGCUUGUGAAGAUCAACAGCUCGUCAACGUUGUUCAUGCUGGGCUCUCUUGUUGUCGGUGUUCCUGCAGAAACGUUCGGCAGCAUCAGUGGCUCCCAGCUGAUUACUUCAUCCAAAAAUCCUUCAUUCCUGGGAUACGUGCUGUCCGCUCCACAGAUCGUCCAGCAGAUCUUUGUUACUCAGAUCGUAUCAGUGAACAGCAACAGUGACACGAUCAUACAGAACGUUCCAGAUGAAAUGGCCACUCAGAUCCCUCGUGCUCAGCUGCUGGGCUUCUCGAAUAACGGCAGGGUUAUCACCACACUCAACCAGAAGACAUGGAAACCACAGCAGGUUGAGUUAUUCUUUGAAAAUAUCGCUGUGGAAUCUGCGACCACAGUGCUGGGAAGUCCCAACAAUUUGUCAUCCUCUUUGCUGCAAGGGUUCACGUGCACCGGAGUGAGGAAUGUUGAAAAGGUGCAGAUCAAGAAGCUGAUUAAAGCCUGCCGGAGGAAAGGCAGGAAGAAGGUCCCAUUGGUCGAGACUCAGCUGACCUGCAUGUAUAACUACAUUAAAAAUGACUCAGAUGCCACCAGCUUCGACCUCUAUCCUCCUGACGUGCUGCUGUACUAUGAUUACUCCCUGGUGCUACAGGCCAGCUGCAGGUUCUAUUUUCAAGAGCUGGCAGAAGCAGACUUCUCCGUCUUCUCCUCCGUCCUCAGCUACAAACUGACCGCUCUGUUUGCUAAUGCCAGGAGCUGCCUGGGUAUAACAAACACGACAUUGACUGCAGAUACUAUAUCGGUGUUGGGAAACAUGUGCUGCACUCUGGAUGGUACCUACAUCAAGAACUCUGACCCGUCCAUCUUGGAAAAACUCAAGAACUGCCCGGACCUCACCAACGCUCAGGCGGCUGCUGUUGAAGCUCUACUGCAGAGCGGGAAAACACAGUAUGGAGCUCCAUCAACAUGGGACUACCAGACUCUGAAGAACCUCGGGAUGUUACCGCUGUACUUGACCUCAACCUUCUACAGUAACUUUGACAAAAAAACAAAGCAGAUGUUCUUGGAGUACUUCCUCAAAGUUAUUGCGAGCAACCGAGUGGACAUACAGAAGAAGCGGAGAAUGAUGGAAGAAAUAAGAAAGUCCAAUAGAAACCAAGUCAAGUCAAAGCGAUCUAUCGUAAACGGGUGCACAGUUGGAACGAUCACCCAGGUGACCAUCAGCGAUGAGACGUUCCCCUUCAACUAUGACGACAUAACUCAGUUCAACUGCUGCCUCAGCGCCUCGACUGUGAAGGACAACUUGGCAGCCAUCACUAUGAAGGUGGACCAGGUGGAAUACCUCCAGAUUGUUCUCAGCAAGUUGCGAGAGGCUUACGCUGCCAACUCCACUAUCCCAGAAGAUCAGGUUCAGGUCCUAGGCCCAGCGUCCCGUGUGGCGUCCAUAAGUGACAUCAACCUGUGGACUAUCACUCAGAUCGACACACUCUCUGCUUUGAUGGACCCGUCCAACGGGCCGUGGGACCCAAGUCUGGCUAAGGCCAUCAUCUCUAAGUAUCUGAGUAAUGAAGGGAACACACUGGGCAGUGCUGAGCUCAGUGCCAUCGGAGGAGCCAACCUUUGCUCCCUGGACGUCGAUGUUUUGAAGAACAUUUCCCAACAAAGCCUUAAAGAGGCCGACGCCCUGAUGGUGUCCAACUGCACCACGGAGAAAAAGAAAGUACUGUUCACCAUUGCCACACAAGCAUUUGCCACAAUGACCCGCUCAACUUUCCCCGUUUCCUCCUACCAGCUCACACAACCUUUCAUCGGGGGUGCAUCUCUAGACUAUGUCCGAAGUUUGGUGCCCUCCAACAUCAACAUGGACAUGGCUACCUUCACCAGUCUGGAUCCGAACGUUGUACUGAACCUGACUGUUAGUGACGUCCAAGGUCUGCUUGGCUCCAACGUGGCUGAUUUAAAGUCCUAUGAAAACCAAACGCUGGUACAGAACUGGAUCACCAGGCAGUCCCAGACACAGCUCAACACACUGGGAGUGGGGCUUGUGGGAGGCAGAGUUACCCCUCCGACCACCGGUUCCCCAACCACCACCAACUCUCAGACAACCACCACCGGCUCCCCAACCACCACCAACUCUCCGAACACCGGCUCCCCAACCACCACCAACUCUCCGAACACCGGCUCCCCAACCACCACCAACUCUCCGAACACCGGCUCCCCAACCACCACCAACUCUCAGACAACCACCACCGGCUCCCCAACCACCACCAACUCUCCGAACACCGGCUCCCCAACCACCACCAACUCUCCGAACACCGGCUCCCCAACCACCACCAAC